AGUGAGAGGACGCCUCAAAAAACAUUGGGAUGUGAACAAGAAAACCAUUUCUUUCUGGUGCUUUAAGCUCCAGAAAAUGAGAAGCAAUCAGAUCACUCUGUGUUCCUUCACUUAGCUCAAUGAAAGGCUGAUCUGUUAAAGAAAGAGACGUUAAUUUCAAGUCAUGGGAUCUAAUCAUUCUAAAGAUUUUUCUAAGGAGGAGCUGAAGAGGCAGGUGAAAAAAACGGGGAAACCAGCUCCCAGAGAUGAUGGGCUAACAUCCGCAGACAGGAUAAGGAAACAGACGACAACCCACUUUGGAUACAAUACCUUAUGCUUCACCAUGAAAGGAAUGAAAGAACUUCCUGAACCCUUGUGGCUGCUGACAGAAAUUGAAAAGCUUAACCUUUCGCUAAACUCUCUCACCACAAUCUCACCCUCGGUCAAGGAACUUGAAAAUCUUGUGAUCUUGAACCUGGGGGGAAACCAGCUGACCAUCCUGCCGGUGGAGAUUGGCUUGCUGAAGAAUCUCAGGGUGCUGUUUGCUUAUAAGAACCUCUUGACAGAUGUACCUGAAGAACUUAGUGCCUGUGAAAACCUAGAGGUCCUUAGCCUGGCCAACAAUUGCAUCUCCACUCUUCCAAAUAGCUUUUCUGACAUGGUCUGCCUCAAGAAGCUCAACCUCAGUCAUAAUCAAAUAGUUCACAUUCCCACCUGCAUUUAUAGCAUGAAAAGUCUCGUCUUCUUGCACCUUGCCGGCAACCGUCUAGAAAACAUUGCUGAUAAGAUUGAGCAGCUGGUUAACCUCAAAAUUUUAAUUGUCGAGGGCAAUGCCAUUCACAUUUUGCCUAAAGCUCUAUGUUCCCUCACCUGCCUGGAACUCCUCAAUGUCGAUUUUAAUGACAUUCAGAAUGUGCCUACUGAACUUUAUCUGCUAAGAAGGCUGAAGAGACUUGCUUGUCAUCCUUUGGACAAAGGGCUUCAUAUUAUUCACAAUCCCCUACUCAAGCCUUUGCUCGAGGUUUUAAAUGGGGGUUUACAUGCUCUCUUUAAUUAUCUUAAAUCAAUGUAAUGAACUGUGCCAGGUGAGGAUUUUAUUAUAUUUUAGACCUGCAACCCUGUAUAUAUCACUUAAUACUGACAUCAGUUUUAAUCAAUUUAUAAUGCCAAAUGUCUAUUGUGAGUAGAGUGUUUUUAUUGAUUAAAUAUUUUUUAUGAAACUCAACAAACAUGUCUGAAUAAUAAAUGUGACAUUAUGUAUACUCUGAUUUUUGAUGAAAGUGUAUACACUGUAUGCUGGUUUUAAAGUAAGUGGGUCAGAUUGUACUUGUCACUCUAUCUUGCAGUAUAACAUAACAAGUUAGCUGCAGAAAGGCAGACACUAUAAAAAUAGCAGAGUAUAUGUGUAUAAUAUGGGAUACAUUUUGAAAAAAAGAUUCUUCUAAUUGUACUGAAAUUCAAAAAGCAUAUUGACAAAGCUAUCAUUUUUUUUCAUUUUAUUACAUGCUGGCUUUCUGUUUAUUUGGGAGUAAAAAAAACUGUUUAGAAAAUAGAUUUAUGAAAUUCACCCUUGCUUAAGACAUGUGGUUAAUAAGAGCAAUUAGUGUCUCUUGGGUGGCAAUCAUUAAAUAGAGUAUCUGGGAGAAAUCUAAGAAGACCAGUAGAUCUGGUCAAACGCCAAGGGGAGUUGAAGAAAACACACAAGAUAGUGUGACUCCUUGUAGGUCCUGAGAUAACCGAAAGAGGAAAGAAUCAAAUAAUCAAAUGGACCCAUUUAGUGGCAGAGAUACAUGCACAUCAAUUUUCUUUAAAGUAAAACCUGAGCUCGUCGAUAAUAAUUGUGUGUGAAGGUAACUUCAGAAAUAAGGAAUAUAAUUUUAUUGAAUCAAAUCCCUAAACGAUUUGUUAUAUUUGACUGUAGUAUGGAAUUGUAAAGCUUUAGAAGAAAUUCAGGUUUCCAUUAAUAUCAGUGUUAUGUCUAUGCUCAUAAUAUAUAUAAAAAUAUAUGUAUGUGACAUCCAUC